AAAAUGUCGUAAAUUGCAUGAAGGCUAACGUAAAGUGCAGUGAUACGACAAUUUACGGCAGUGUUUCUAUUUGCGAAUCAUAAAGGUACUAAAUUCAUCCGAGACAAAACCACAAGGCUGUUAUUAGUGUUAUCUUUUCAGGUUGCUGUAAAUAGCACACGUGUUGGGUGCUCGCAAGCUAUGAAAUCGAGGAGACAACCAAACAUCCUGUUAACAGGGACCCCUGGUGUAGGAAAAACAACUCUGGGGAAGGAGCUUGCUCAGCGGACUGGGCUCACCUAUGUUAACAUAGGAGAUUUGGCUCAGGAAGGAGAUCUUUAUGAUGGCUAUGAUCAAGUGUACCAGUGCCCCAUUUUGGAUGAAGACAGGGUUGUGGAUGAGCUAGAUGAAAAGAUGUCGGAGGGAGGUGUUAUUGUAGAUUACCAUGGCUGUGACCUCUUCCCUGAACGCUGGUUUCAAAUCGUCUUUGUUCUCCGAACAGACAAUACGCAGCUUUACACACGGCUAGAAAACAGGGGCUAUACAGGAAAGAAGCUGCAGGACAAUGUGCAAUGUGAAAUAUUUCAGACCAUCUACGAGGAGGCAAUGGAAGCCUACAAAGAAGAGCUUGUCCACCAGCUGCCCAGCAACACUCCUGAGGAUCUGGAAAGCAACUUGGAGCAGAUAGUACAGUGGACUGAGCAGUGGAUAAAAGACCACAAUUAGACGGGACUGGCUAUCAGAUAAAACAUUGUAUGUUUGGGGAAAAAAAAAAAAAUUUUUUUUUUACCCAUUUCAAACUGCACUUACUUUCAUAAAUACUGCCAUUGUGAAGGCUAUUCACAUAUAGUCCACCCUUAAAAAUAGUUGUCGUUUGCGAAAGGAUGACUUUGGAAAACAGCUAACGCUGCUCAGCAGCAAAUGCACAACAUCAAAGCUAUGACGGAGAAAACAUGCCUAAAAUUGCAAAUGGCCAAAGAGCAUGUUUUUAUUGCAGCAAAUGGGUUUCCUACUAGGCACACAAUACCUAGUGCCUAGUAGAGUAGCGGAUGUUUUCAUCAGCGAAUGGGGAUCCUAAUAAAAAUACAAAUACACAAUGA